AUGCAAGAAAAGACACUGCCAGAGAAGCAUACAGUUGAAGAAGAAACAGAGCAGUUAACUUCCAAUUCUGGCGUUGGGGUCUCCAGAAAGAAGAGACCUGUAAGGUAUUGCCCUUACUGUGACAUACUGAUUAAUGGUGGCAAAUUAAAACGCCUUAUUCAAAGAAAACACCGGGAUAUAGUUGAAGUCAAAGAGGCCCUUAAACUUCCUGUACAUCUUCAGAAUAAGUUCUUCAACCAGAAGAGGUGUGAUGGGAUGUAUAAAUACAAUUUGAACAUCAUAGCAACAUCUACAGGUGCUGAACUUGAUUCAAAUGUGAUGAUGAGAGAACGCAUUGCUACAAGACCAGAUGAAGUUACUAUGUGUUCAGGUUGUAGAAGAGACAAUGAGGUUGGACAGUUGUGCACCACAGAUGACUUGAUUAUGCAAGUUGGAUAUCGCCAUUAUUCAAUGCGUCGCGAGGACAAGAGCAAAAGAAACGCAACAAGAAAGUCUGUCAUGGGGGAAAUGCGUGAGCUAGCAAGGGUCUUCCUCAUAUUCAGAGAUUUGUGUGAGGAGAAUGUAACCACUGAAGACAUGUUCACAAGAAAGCACUUAACAACACUGAGGGAGGCCAUAGAAAAAUUGGUUAGCAUGGAUAACGGUGAUGAAAAACAUGGAUUGAAACUAAACAUUCAUGCAAUUCUACAAAGAUGCAUAAAAUCUUUAAAAGGACUUUACACAGAAACAAUGCAAGACUUGAAGUAUGAAGAACUUGGCAACUUUCAGCAGGCUUAUUUAUUUAGGUCUCACGAAAUGUAUUCUAGCUCUCGAUACAAGGCAUUGUCUAACUCAUUUACCAAAGCAAGGCGUUCUGAAAAGCAAGUUGUACCUGAAGACAUUACCAAAUUGAAGAACUUUUGGGAAGACGCCCAGAAAGGGGUGUGGCUACCAGAUACAGAGGUGGAAAAAAGAGAUCCUGCAGAACAAUUUCUCUUUGGAAAAUACCUUCCAGCUUACUUAAAUGGGAAGGGAAAGAAGUUUGUCCCUGUCCUAGUGCCUAAGGACGUGGUAAAAGCUGUCAAUCAUUUGGUAAAACACAGAAAGGAGUUUGGGGUUCCUGAAGAAAAUCCCUACUUAUUUGCAACCAAGUCCCCAAAUGCACAUGCUUCUGGUUGGCACACAGUUAAUGAUAUUUGCUCUGCAGAAGGUGUCACAGUCAAUGCCACAAAGAACAGACAUUAUUUGUCAACUGUAUAUGCAAGUCUGGGCAUGAGCCCAGCAGAUCAGCAGGUCUUCUUAGAUCAUAUGGUACCAGAACCAGAAACGGAUUUAACCACUAUACAAACAGUUGAGGCAAGUGCAACUGAAACUAAAGAGAUUGGUAAAAAUGAAGAACUUCAGUCAGGUAAAAAAGAAAUAAUGACAUUUCUUGAGGGCCACAUGCCACACUGCCUCAAGAGUUUGGAGUUACAAGAGGCCUACAAAAAGACCAGGAUAAAGAUAUUCAAUGAGAGAAAAACAAUGAGGGAAAAUGUUAAUAAAAAACUUCAAAGAAUAUAAUGCAACUG